AUGGCCCUGGCCGAGGCAAGCGCUGUGGCCGCAUCCACGCUCCAGCGCGCCCCGCAGCGGGACGCCCCUGAGGGACGGCAGGGCGUGUUGAUGGAGCAGCGUGACACAGCACGCCGUGCGGCGGAGGCCGAGGAGGCGCUGGCGAGCAUCUUUGAGCGCCAGGCGCGGCGGCAGCAGCACAAGCAACAGCACGAGCGGACUCCGCGGCCGCAGCCGCAGGAGCAGCCACGGCGGCAGCAGCAGCAAGUGCAACACCAGGCAGAGGCGCCCUCGCUGUUGACUGCGGCGGAGCCGGCUGUCGAGGAGCGGGCGCCGCCCACCCAGCUGGUACCCCAGCAGCAGCGGCGCUAUGACGAGUUGCUGGAGCAGCUGAGGGCGGGCCCUGCGCAGGAACAGGAUUUGGUGAGGGGAACAGCGGGACCAACGCAGCAGCAACAGCACCAGCACCAGCACGAGAAACAGCAGCGGCAGCAGCAGCAGCAGCGGCAGCAUUUGCAGGCGACAGGCAAGCCGCAGGCGUCCCUUGAUGACCUGCUGCGGCACAUGGAGGGCAGCGGCUCGGCGCCGCAGCCUGUAUCGCCGGUAUCCGCGGGCCUGGCCGCCUUAGACAUGGCCAAGGCUGUUGCCACGGACGGCGCCCAGCAGCGGGUGCCACCAACCCAGCUGGGAGCUCAGCAGCAGCAGCGCUAUGACGAGUUGCUUGAGCAGCUCAGGGCGGGCCCCGCGCGGCAGCAGGGGCUGAGGGCAGCACAGGGAGAAACGCAGUCGCAGCAUCUGCAGCACAAGCACGAGGAGCAGCAGCAGGAGCACCAGCAGCAGCAGCAGCAGCAGCAUAUGCAGGGGCCAGGCAGUCAACAGCCAUCCCUUGAUGACCUGCUCCGGCGCAUGGAGGGGAGGGGCUCGGCGCCGCAGCCUGUAUCGCCGGUAGCCGCAGCCCUGGCGGCCUUGGACCGGGCCAAGACUGUUGCCGCAGAUAGCGCCCAAUCAUCCAGCAGUGCAGCGGCACAGGUGCGCACAGCACUCAUCUUGAACCGUGUGGAAGCACCGGGCAAGCCGGCCGACCAGCAGCAGGCGGCGCUGACCCAGCUGCGCGCCCAGCAGCAGCGGCGCUAUGACGAAUUGCUUGAGCAGCUCGGGGCGGGCCCUGCACGGCAACAGGAUCCUGUGCAGACAGCAGAGGGGCCGAUGCAGCCGCAGCAGCAGCAGCAACAACAGCAGCAGCGGCAGCAGCAUUUGCAGGCGGCAGACAAGUCACAGGCGUCCCUUGAUGACCUGCUCCUGCGCAUGGAGGGCAGCCGCUCUCCACCCCAGCCUGUGUCGCCGGUAGCUGCGGCCCUGGCAGCCUUGGGCGCCAAGGCUAUUGCCACGGACGGCGCCCACGCGUCCAGCAGUGCAGCGGCACAGGUGCGGCCAGCACUCACCUUGCACCGUGUCGAAGUGCUGGGCAAGCCGCCUGUCGAGCAAGGGGCGCCGCCCACUCAGCUGGGAGCCCAGCAGCAGCAGCGCUAUGACGAGUUGCUUGAGCAGCUCAGGGCGGGCCCUGCGCGGCAACAGGCUCUGGAGCAGAUAGCAGAGGGGCCGAUGCAGUCGCAGCAGCAGCAGCAACAGCAGCAGCAGCGGCAGCAGCAGCAGCAUUUGCAGGCGGCAGACAAGCCACAGGCGUCCCUUGAUGACCUGCUCCUGCGCAUGGAGGGCAGCCGCUCUCCACCCCAGCCUGUGUCGCCGGUAGCUGCGGCCCUGGCGGCCUUGGGCGCCAAGGCUGUUGCCACGGACGGCGCCCACGCGUCCAGCAGUGCAGCGGCACAGGUGCGGCCAGCACUCAGCUUGCGCAAGCCGCUUGUUGAGCAGCGGUCGCCGCCCACCCAGCUGGGAGCCCAGCAGCAGCAGCGCUAUGACGAGUUGCUUGAGCAGCUCAGGGCAGGCCCUGCGCGGCAGCAGGCUCUGGAGCAGACAGCAGAAGGGCCGACGCAGUCGCAGCAGUGGCAGCAGCAAGCGCAGCAGCGGCAGCAUCGGCAGCAUUUGCAUGCGGCAGACAAGCCACAGGCGUCCCUCGAUGACCUCCUGCGGCGCAUGGAGGGCAGCGGCUCGGCGCCGCAGCCUGUAUCGUCGUUAGCCGCGGCCCUGGCGGCUUCAGACCCAGCAAAGGCUGUUGCCACGGACGGCGCCCAUUCGGCCAGCAGUGCAGCGGCCAGCAGUGCAGCGGCAGAGGUGGGAGAUGUCAUGACGCUGCGCUUGAGCCGCAGUGAAAUGCUUGGCAGGUCGGGCAGCAGAGCCUGGGGCCCGCGGCCCACCUCGCAGGUGCCGGCCAGCUUCCUGGCGCUGCAAGAGGCGCUGGCGGCGUGGCAGCAUCAACAACAGGCGCCUGGGUCGCAGGACGGCGCAGUCGGCGUUGGCAGCAGCAGUGGCGGGACUCUGGACAUGGUGCUGUCCAGCAUGCAGGCGCAGCUGGCGCCCAAGCAGCAGGGAGCUGGCCAGCAGCAGCAGCAGGGGCAGCAGCAGCAGGAGCAGCAGCAACAGCGGCAGCAACAGCAACAGCAGGCUGUCGCUGCGCCUCUACGUGCGGCCGCUUCCGUGCACGACGGGGGGCGCGGCCAGCCGACCUUGCGGGUGGGGCAGCCGCUGCGCUCCAGUGUCCUGGACGCGACUUUGCAGAUGGGAAGCACAGUCCUGGGUUCGCGCCCCACCCCUAGAAUGCCAGCCAGCUUCAACGCGCUCCAGGAAGCGCUGGCAGCCCGGCAGCAGCACGAGCGCCAGGCACCCACUCAGCAGCACAGCGCUGCGGAUGGCAGCAGCAGUGGCGGGACUCUGGACAUGGUGCUGUCCAGCAUGCAGGCGCAGCUGGCGCCCAAGCAGCAGGGAGCUGGCCAGGAGCAGCAGCAGGGGCAGCAGCAGCAGCGGUGGCAGCGGCCUUUGGGCCUGGCGGAGCUGGUGGAGCGGCCUGCUGCAGCAUUCGAGGCGGCUGCGCAGCAACAGCAGCAGCAGCAGCAGCAGCAGCAGCAGCGCCUGCUGCAGCAGCCUCUCUUCAGGGACCUCGCGGAAGCGCUCAGCGCCCCUGCAGGGGCCGCAGCCCCGCCCCUGCAGCCGCAGACGGCCCCUCGGGAGCCCGCGGCGGCCAGCCUCGAAGACAUCAUGCGCGCGAUGGAGCAGACGCCGCAGGCGCCGACGCGCACGGAUGGAACGGGUGGUGAGCAGCAGUCGUGGAUGCAGCAGGUCAUCAGCGGGGAGGUGGUGAUUGCGCCGCCCCCGGCAGAGCAGCAGGCCAGGCCGACGUCAAGGGGGCAGCAUUGGCAGCAGCACCACCACCAGCAUCAGCAGCAGCAGCAGCAGCCAUGGGAGGAGGACUGGUCGCGGGAACCGCAACACUACGACGCGCCGCAGCGCGACUGGCGGCGGCGAGACGAGCGGCCGCCGGCGAGCGAUCCCGUCGCCGCGGCCGACGCCGCCACGGUGCUGGACGAGGACGAGAUGAGCGAGCGGCUGCGGGCGACCAGGGCGCUGAUCAACCUGGAAGUCAGCAAGAUUGACCGCGAGCAGAAGGUCAAGGCCAAGGGCCGCGCCGAGGAGCAGCGCCGCGCGGCGUGGGCCGCGCCGGACGCCUCGGACGAGGAGGCCGAGGCGCCCCGCGGCCGAAAAGGCGCGAGCGGCGCGCGCAGCAAGGCGCUGGCCCGGUUGGCGGGCAAGGCGGAGGCGGCGGCCGCGGCCGCGGCCGCCAGGGAGGAGCGCGGCAAGAAGAAGGCCGCGGCGGCUGCCGCCGGCGCCGACCGCUGGGCCAGCAAGCUGCAGGGCCUGCGCCCAAGCGACGCGGGGGCGGGCGCCGCGGCCGACGAGGCCGCGCAUCCCGGAGACGCGGCGGCGGCGCCCAAGGCCGAGGCUGCGGCCGCAGCCGCCGCACGGGGGCGCAGCGCAGGGUCAGGCGCGGCAGAGGGCGAGCUGGCCCACAUUGAGCUGCCGGGCGGCUGCAGCGUCCGCCAGCUGGCGGCGCUGCUGGGGGCCGACUUGGACGCGGUGGAAGCUGCCCUGACGGAGCUGGGUGACGUCAUCUACUCAUGUGGGCGCCUGGCGGGCGUGUUUGUGGCAGUUUUGGUCGCGGGGCGACAGCAAAUGGACCUAGCUGCACCAGCAAUCGCAUGA